AUGCACAAGCCUGGUGAUGUGAUUCUGGGUGGGCUCUUUGAAGUCCAUUACACCUCCGUCUUCCCUGAGCUAUCGUUCACCUCAGAACCAAAUAAGCUCAGCUGCCAGGGAUUUGACUCUUCAGCGUUCAGGCAUGCGAUGACGAUGGCCUUUGCUAUUGAUGAGAUCAACAAAAACUCCAACCUGCUACCAAAUGUGACUCUGGGAUACAGUCUGUAUGACAACUGUGCCACACUUGUAGUUGGAUUUAGUGCUGCGUUGUCUUUGGUCAGUGGUCGAGAGGAACAGUUUCUGCUUCAGGAGAACUGUUCAGGGACCCCUCCGGUCUUGGGGAUUGUGGGUGAUUCCUUCUCCACAUUUUCUAUUGCCACCUCUGACGUAAUAGGUUUAUUCCACCUUCCUAUUGUGAGCUAUUUUGCCACAUGUUCUUGCCUGAGUGAUCGCAACAGAUUUCCAUCCUUCUUUAGAACCAUACCAAGUGAUGCUUUUCAGGUGCAUGCAAUGAUUCAGAUCCUAAAGCGCUUUGGCUGGACGUGGGCAGGUCUGCUGGUCAGUGACGAUGAUUACGGACUCCACGCUGCCCAGUCCUUUCAAACUGAGUUGGUUCAGUCUGGUGGAGGUUGUCUGGCCUACACAGAGAUUUUGCCGUGGGGGGAAAACCCGGCUGAACUACGGAGGAUUGUGGAUGUGAUGAAGAAAUCCACAGCUCGUGUGGUAAUCGUGUUUGCCCAUCAGAUUACUAUGAUUCAGCUGAUGGAAGAGGUGGUGAGGCAGAAUGUAACAGGCCUGCAGUGGAUGGCCAGUGAAGCCUGGACAGCAGCUGCUGUGCUCCAAACUCCACGCCUCAUGCCGUACCUGGGCGGCACACUGGGCAUCGCCAUCCGUCGAGGAGAAAUCCCAGGACUCAGGGAUUUUUUGCUAAAAACACAUCCUGACCUAUAUGACAGCAAUAACAGUGGAGAUAGCAUGGUAAAACAGUUCUGGGAACACACAUUUCAGUGUAGAUUUGCUCCACCUCCGGCAGGUUGGGUGGAAAGUGGGGGAGCAAUAUGCACUGGAGAAGAAGACCUCGAGACUGUGGAGACUGAGUUCUUGGAUGUUUCUAACCUCAGGCCUGAGUACAAUAUAUACAAAGCUGUGUACGCUCUGGCAUACGCCCUUGAUGAUAUGCUGCGCUGUGUUCCAGGGAGCGGGCCUUUCAUCGGACACAGCUGUGCCAGUUUGCAAAGACUGGAGUCCUGGCAGUUUUUGUAUUACUUAGAAAAGGUCAACUUCACAACAUCGUUUGGUGAUCAAGUGUCAUUCGAUGAAAAUGGCGAUGCCUUACCAAUCUAUGAUAUAAUGAACUGGCUGUGGCUCCCUGAUGGACGAACUAAAGUUCAGAAUGUGGGAGUUGUUAAGAAGACCACCUUCACAGAUCAGCCUCCACGGUCAGUGUGCAGUGAGAGCUGCCCUCCAGGUACCCGCAUGGCCAGAAAAAAUGGGCAACCUGUGUGCUGUUUUGACUGUGUGCCCUGUUCUGAAAGGAAGUUCAGCAAUAAAACAGACUCCAUGGAGUGCACUAGUUGUCCAGAAGACUUCUGGUCCAGCCCCCAGCGUGACCACUGUGUUCCUAAGAAGACAGAGUUCCUCUCCUACCAUGAGCCUCUGGGUAUCUGCCUGACAACUGUUUCAUUGCUGGGCACAUUUAUCUGUGCUGUAGUCCUGGGGGUCUUCCUUUACUAUCGUAGCACACCCAUGGUACGCGCCAACAAUUCAGAGCUGAGUUUCCUCCUUUUAGUGUCACUUAAACUGUGCUUCCUGUGUUCGCUGCUGUUCAUCGGACGACCCAGGCUGUGGACAUGCCAACUGAGACAUGCAGCGUUUGGGAUCAGCUUUGUUCUUUGCGUGUCCUGCAUCCUGGUCAAAACCAUGGUGGUUCUGGCUGUGUUCAAGGCCUCCAAGCCAGGAGGUGGGGCCAAUCUCAAGUGGUUUGGUGCUGUGCAGCAGAGAGGGACAGUUUUCGCUCUCACUUGCAUUCAGGCAGCCAUCUGUGUUGUGUGGAUUGUCUCGGCCUCACCACUGCCCCACAAAAACACUCAGUACCACAAUGACAAGAUAG